AUUGUUGGUGCCAUUGGCUGUGGAUUGAGACGGCUCAGACAGGCUUGUUUUUAUGCAGCCAAUUAAAUGACAUGGGUCGGAAUGAGUUUCAUUUGUAAAUCAGAGAUAUAGUUUACAUAAUUGUGUACCGUACAACAACACCUUCCUAGCUAUCAAUACUUUCCUAGUUCUCAAAUCAAAAGCGUCAUUUCCUGGUCUAUAACAGCAACUUUGCCAACUAUGUCAAAUGCACUUGUUGAAUGGGAAGAUAUACAAAAGUCAGAAGCAUGUGACUAUUUGUAUAUACGAUUAUUGAGUUAUCUGGCAAGCUCUGGCUUAUGCCCACUGUCCCUGUAAUGGUGGUGAAAAUUGUAACGAAUUUUUCUUCAAGGUACACUGGUUAUUGUCCACGACUGAGAUUCAAAUGUGGGCGAACGUAUGGCGCUGAUACGGAUAAACUGACUCGGCUCCAUACGAAAAACGAGAAGUUAAAUCCACUGAAAGCAAUCUCUUCGACAUCCACAAGAGUUCAAUUGCCAUCACCAACAGGAGAUAAUAAGUUAACAGCCAACAUGGUACCAGGAUAUACAGGUUACGUGCCAAUCCACACUCCGGGAUAUAUAUAUGGCACUCGCUACAAGGAAAGCACCGAGGAAGCGCUCGAGAAGUUCCUUCAAACGAACGCAAAACAAAGAUCAGAUCAACAAGAUCUAGCUCAGACCGCAGCUUCAGCGCCAUCGCUGAGAAAACGUUAUGAUUUCCACGAUCCAGCCGUUUAUCCGGAUCUAAACCCAAUGUACAGCAAAAACUAUCGAACAACUGACAGAAAAGAUUUUCUGGAACCGCCCGUUCUCGGCUACACUGGCUUUGUACCAAACAUUGAACAGUUUGGUCUGGGGCAAAGGUAUACGAAAUGGACCGAGGAAGGACUGGAAGAAUCCGUGAAAUCAAGGCUCAGACAGGAACAUUUAUUGACGCAAAGAAUUGACUUGAAAAGACCCGAUUGCUCAGUUCCUGAGAAUUUGAAAAGUUUUAAAGGCAAUCCAAGUCUCGGAGUUUUGUACAGAAAAAAAGGCAUGUUACCGAAAUACACUGGCUACAUACCAUGUGCCCGCUUCAGAUAUGGAAAGACAUACGGAAAUACCACGCGAGAAGGCCCUGCGUGCGCAGACCCUCAUGGAUAUGCCGCUGGCAAAUACAUAACUUUUCCUGUUGUGUGAUCACCUCAUACGCACAAGCCAUGCACAGGCUAUGCAGGCUGACUGACACAAGAGGUUGGUCUCGUAGAGUAAUGGCUGAACAGAGAUGGUUUAAUAAAUCAUUGAUGUGGCACAAUGUAUAUGACUGUAGCACGGAACAUGAACUGAUGCAAGACGACUAAUCAUUAGAAUUUUAUUUUUAAUAUUUACUUAAUAACUCUAACAUGUUAGAGAAUUUCAUAACUAUAACAUGUUAGAGAAUUUCACAAGGGCGGCGGAGCCGGUUUUGGAAUGGGUGGGAUGGGGGGGGGGUUUGG